UGCUGCCUUUCCAUGUGUCCCUGUCCUGUUUAGAACUGGGCCUUAUUACUUUUUAUUUGCAGUACGCGUGGUUCUUAGGAUAUUAAAAAAAACCACGCUGAAGAUUCACUGUGAGGCAUGUCUAUUUUUGUUAGAGACUGAUACUUUAGAUUGAGCUUUGUGUUUUCUUUGGAAGGUCUUACGUUGCUUUGGGAGGGUAGGAGUCUCAGAGGAAACAGAAAGUUCAGAGGGGUGCAAAAGAAGAAGGAACAGAAUUAGAAAAAGCAGAGGUCGUCCCUCCUUCUCAUUCUGCAGCUCCUGCAAGAGCCAGCAACCUAAAAGUAUUAUCUAAGCUGCCACGGUAGAUCUUGACCUUUAUAACAGAGUAUCUCUUACCAUCGUCAUCAUGGCCGAGAUCACAGCAGAAGGGCAUAUGUCUACAACUACGACAAUAAUAGAUGGUAAGAACGGAUCUGUUCCCUCAUCAUCCAUGAAAGUGGGCAAGAAAUCAAUUACAGAAGACCUCGUGACGACGUUCAGCUCACCAGCAGCAUGGCUUCUUGUUGUUGCUCUGAUUGUUACCUGGUCAGCAGUAGCUAUUGUAAUGUUUGACUUGGUGGAUUACAAAGCCUUUGCAGGAAGAUCUGUUAACAAGCUCAGCACAGAACCACUGAGAAUCAUUCAUGAGACAUUGGAAGAAUCCACUGAUUGGCUUUAUGGCUUUAUUUCUUUACUGUCUGACAUCGUAUGGAGUGAUGAUGAUGACAGUGAUGAAGGUGAAGUGGAACCUUCCCGGAAAAAAGUAAUACAUAGAGAGAAACCUGAAAAACAAGAAAAAACUGAGAGGAAGGAACCCCUUAAAGUGACACAUAAAGACAAACUGGAAAGACAAGAAAAACCUGAAAAAAAGGAAAGGCAUGCAGCUAUUCACAAAGAGAAACCUGAAAAGCCACAAAAACAUGAAAAGAAAACACCAUCUAAAGUAAUUCAAAAGGACAAACCUGAAAGACAUGAAAAAGCUGAAAAGAAACCUCCUCCCAAAGAGGAGAAGAAAGUAAAGAGCACUAAAGUGGAAGCAAAAGUUAAAAAGGAAGUGAAGGAUGGAAAAGGAGACACAAAGACAGCUGAGAAGGUCAAGCAGAUGGAGACUAAAACAACAGAAGUUGGGCUAAUAAAGGCCAAACCGAAAGUUAAGGAGGAAAAAGCUCUUCAGACUGUAACUAAAUCGGAAAAGAAAGAUCAAUAUGCAUUCUGUCGCUAUGUGAUUGACAUGUUUGCGCAAGGGGAUUUUUAUCCAGGACAUAAGGAGAUGGUACCACCUCGUCUUCUUCUAGAACACAGUCCAAGAAAGAAGCCUGAAGCUAUUGAAGAAAUAAAAGAGGAAAAGAAAAAGGCUGAUGUAAAGAGGGCUACGACUGAAACUAGGAGGAAAGAAAAAGAAGGAAAAAGAGAGAAAGCUCAUGAGAAGACAGCUGUCCCUGAAAUUAAAAAAGCAGAUAAAAAAGAAGCUGCUGUGUCCAAAGAACUCAAAAACCCAGCAAAAGCUCCUGCAGCCAAAGCAGCCAGCAAAAAACCAGCAGCACCAGAACCACACAAGAAAGAAAAAAGAACAGAAACUGCCAAAACAGCAAAGAAAGAAGGAAAAGUACAUGCUUCUGUGGAAACUCAGAAAUCAAAAGCUGUACUUGAAAAGAAGGAAGAAAAAGCAACAAGAGCAAGGCAACAAGAAAAGGCAGCAGAGCAAGAUAAACCAAAGAUGAAACAAGGAAAUCCUGGAAAACAGAAAGAGUUGAAAUCUCCAGCUGCUACAAAAGAUAAAGAACCUGCUAAAGAGAAGGAAGAAAAGAAUCCUACAGCUUUAAAAGAUAAAGAUUCCCUGAAAGGAAAAAAUCCCAAGAAUCCAGAGGGGUCAAAGGAAAAAGACACUAUUAAAAGAAAAGAUGUGAAGCCUCCAGCAGCUUUAAAGGAAAAGGACCAUUCAAAAGGAAAAGAAAUGAAGGCUUCAACUAUGACUAAAGAAAAAGUUGCAAUGAAAAAGGAGGGGGAGAAGAAAGCUACCUCAGAGAAACCUCAUGAACACAAGCAUGAACGCAUUAAACAUGAAAAAGUGCUUUCUCAGACUAAGCCAGAGGAGAAAAUUAAACAACAAAAGACAGCUCCCACUGAGAAGUCAGUCCAGGCAAAGCCAGCAAAGCAUGAAGCAGUCAGACAUGAAAAAAAUGUUCCACCUACAAAACCAGUCAAACUGAAAAACACUGCAAAGCCAACAGGUGAAAUCCCAACAGCAGCCAUGAAAAAAACAAAGACAGCUAAGGAAAAAGAAGAAAAACAAGUUGAGAAAAAACACCUGAAAGAUGAAAAAACCAAAGUUAAAGAAGUUCCACAACAUCACAAUCUGACAUCAGCUCCUGUCCGCUACUUUCAAUGUGUCUUCUUAAAUGGACUUAAUGGAUUUGGACUGCAAUUUCCCACUAAUGCCCCUUCAAACAAGGAAGAAAAGACUCACUCAAAGACUUCCAAGAGAAAGGCAAGGAAACCAGGACACUAGAGAGACUGAGUCCUGUGAUCGCUCACGUUUUGCACUUUAUCUUUUCUGCUGAGGUCCACAGUAGUUACAGUAGUACAUGUCAUUGCAAGAAUGUGAUACACCUGGCCACAUGUACCUGGAAAAAGUUUCUAUGGGGCAGAGGCAAAACAAGCAGUAAUGAACUGUAUUUGACAAGACAGAAAUACAGAAGUGCCCCAUUUGUCAUGGAAAGGCUGCAUUGUUAACAAAGUAUUGAUGUGUGUGUGAGGUGUGUGUGUUUUCCUGCCUCUUUUGCUCUUCUUGUUUUUCUUUACCUACCUGCUCAGAAUUGAAGUGAGUCUGUUUUCCAUUUAAUCUUAUCUAAAGAGUGAAAGGUUGAAUAUAGCCCUUGUAUCAGCAAGAUUGCAAGACUACCUGCAAUCCUAAAUCAUUUCUACUUAACGUUCAAUCACAUUGCUGACAGGAAAAAGCCUCACUAAGUCAUGAAAAUGUGCUCUGUGACUGGUGCUAUUUUUAUGUCUCAUUGACCAGUGCAGCCUGAAGCUCACACUUACUUGGAGCAGCUCUAUAUGCUAUCAGUAAGUUGACUCUGCAAAUCAUGUUAAUGAUGAAUAUUUCUAUUUAACUUGAAGCAGUAAAAGCAUAACCUCCUUGCCUGCCUGUUGCUGAAAUAUGAACUCUUCGCUUUCUAAAGCCCAAAGUGAGCAGAGAAAGCGAAACAACAUGGCAAAGGUGUGGAAAACUAGUAUUUUGCCAACAUGAAGGUCCCAAGAAACAAAUGAAAUAAUUUUAGUACUUCUGCUUUUCUUCUGUGGGUAAAUCAGAUUGACUGGGAGUGAAGACCAUGCAAAUGGAGAAUAUACUAGCCAACCAUUUGCUAUUAGCAUAAAUCAGAUGAAAAGCUAUGAUGUGAGAUGGCACUCAUGAAACUAAAACAAUGCAAAUUUCCAAUAUGUAAACAUGUCAAUUUAAUGUAAUCUCAGAUCAGCAAACAACAACAAAAACAAAACAAAACAAAAAAAAAGAAAGAAAAGAAAAAAAAGAAAAAAAUGAAAUAAUCUGGGUAGCUGAAUUUACUAGAUGAAAUGAAAGGACUUCCUCACAGCACACUACUGAUAAUAAUUUAUAGAGGAGAAAUGGAAGUAGAUAUACCAAUCCUCAACCUUCUUUUGUGCGUUUCUGUAGAAAUAAUGCAUUUAUUACCUUAAGAAAGAGAUGGGGUAGCAUUUUGAUCCAUGUGAAGGCACAUGACUGAAAACAGGCAUCUCAGUUGUCUGUACUCUGGCAAUGUAAAUAAUCAUGCAUUUUUGCCAGCUGCUAUUUGUUUGCAUUUCCUUACUAUAUUUUUGUGUUUAAUCUGUGAAAUGUGCAGCAGUACCUUUCAGUUAUAUAUUUACCUGGUGAAGCAGCAUGAUGCUCUUUGUACAACCUGACUACUUGUAGAGUCUGAUCACACCAGUAACUAUAUACUGCUUUUUCAUUUUUAGCAUAGUUCAAGAUAACAUCAGCCCUUUCUCCCAUCUGCUCUCCCUGCCGACCCAUUUUUACUUUAAUCAAAUAGUUGACUCACAUGAGUUUUGGACAACUGAGUCUUUGACAGGUUGAUGCAAUUCAGAAAGAUUUGCUGUUACACUGCUGGGUCAGGUUGGUGUUUUCUGAUUACUGGUAAUGGCCUUAUAUGAACUGGGUUCUUGGUCUUAGCAUGCUCUCAUACUGCACAGGACCUGGCUGCAAACACUGUCAUUGCAACAGGCAAUGGUUUCUGGAAAGAGGUAGAAACAGGUCCUGCCCUAGAAGUAGCUCUUCCCACAUGGGAUCACACUGCAAAUAAAAGGCUUCAUGGUGAAUGCCUUCACAGUCACCUAUGAUAUCUGCUCUGGAUACAGAGCUGCCAACAGAGAAUAUUUUAUCGUAAAAUGGCAAUCUUCCAUUUUCUUUCGGGGGUGUUUUUAUAUUUCCACUGACUUUUUUUCC